UUACUUUUUUUUAACGCGUGUGGGAAGCGCAACACUAGCUGACGAAAUCAGUUAGUAAAUAGGGUUGUGAGAAUCCAAGGGCAGACUAAGGUAAAAGGGGAGGAGUUGGUAUAUUAGGGGUGGGCAGGGCACCUAGCAUUUCGUUGGGUGUCACACUGAGAGCCCCAAGGGACACACCCGGGUGUCCAUAUACCGUCUUGGUCGCAGUUUUGGACAUCGCUUCCUUUGAUGAUGCCAGGGUGUUGCUGUGUGCGCUCUCGGUAGCACAGGUGCCCAAAUAUAUCGCUUUCUGACACACCCUGCCCACUGACUUGCCUUUUCCGCAGCUUUCUGUAAUGCUAAGUAAGGUCCGGGCUGCCAUGACCGGACUGGUGGGGUCCAAGUCUACCAAGCAGAGCAUAAAGCCUGACGUGUGCCAGCAGGAUAAGGAGCCCCCCAAGACUGAGAUCCCAUCUCCACGGGUGCCCUGCAGACCUGGCUUCCUGAGCCUCACACCUGAGGAGCUGCAGGCUUCUGGGGACCACACCUCCAGGAUUAUACUGAGCCCCAAAAACCCCGGGGAGCUACACUGGGGAACCGGCUAUGCAGAAGUGGUGAAUGCGGGAAAAAGUUUACACAAUGAAGACCAGGCUUGCUGUGAAUAUAUAACUGUAGAAAUGAGAGAUGGAAAAUCGAAUGACUGUCUCAAAGAAUUUCCAGAAUCUGGCCAAAGUAUAAUCCAGAAACAAGAAUCUCUGGACCAGGUUGAUCAUGAUAUUGGUUUCUCGUACUGGGGACUGUUUGAUGGUCAUGCAGGGUGUGGAUGUGCCAUGUUUGCAGCAAAGCUACUCCACUUUCACGUCUGCGAUCAACUAAGGGACUUGGUGUCCAUCCUAAGGCAGCCUGUGGCAACACCUGCGCCUCUAUGUCUUGUUCAUGUAACAACUGAAAAUGCAGCAGGUACUCCAAAGGAGAAAAAAACACAGCCCCCCCUGGAUACAGAGCUACGCUUCCAUCUUGAAAAGCAAGUUUUUCCAGAGAGCCUUGUUAUCGGUGCACUUGAAAAUGCUUUCAGGGAAAUGGAUAAACAAAUUGAAACAGAGAGGACUACACACAAAAUUGAUGGUGGCUGCUGUGCUCUUGUAGCUGUGCACUUGAUGGGAAAGAUAUAUGUAGCUAAUGCCGGGGACAGCAGAGCCAUAAUCAUACGGCAGGGGAAACCCAUUCCAAUGUCACAAGAAUUUACUCCGGAAACAGAAAGGCAGAGAGUGCAGUUUCUAGGUUUUUUGAAACCAGAGCUAUUGGGGAAUGAGUUUACCUGUCUGGAGUUUCCACGAAGAAUCCAGCAGAAAGAACUCAAAAAGCGAAUGUUGUAUCGAGAUCACACCAUGACAGGCUGGGCUUAUAAAACCAUUGUUGAAGAUGAUAUGAAGUUUCCACUUAUUUAUGGGGAAGGGAAAAAGGCUAGAGUUAUGGCCACCAUUGGAGUCACCAGGGGACUUGGAGAUCAUGAUCUUAAGGUCUAUAACUCCAACAUCUACAUCAAACCUUUCUUGUCUUGUGCCCCAGGGGUUAGAGUUUAUGACCUCUCAGAAUAUGAACACGAUGCUAAUGACGUCAUGGUUAUGGGAACAGAUGGACUGUGGGAUGUCAUCAAAGAUGAGGAAGUGGCUGAUAUUGUUCAAAGAGUUUUUGCAUCACAUGAUAAUGAUGACCAAUCAAACAGGUAUAGUCUCGUUGCCAAAGAACUUGUCCUUCGAACGAGAGGAGUCCUAAAGGAAAACAGCUGGAGACUUGCUAGUGGUUCACAGGCCUCUGUAGAUGAUAUAUCUGUAUUUGUUAUUCCGUUAGCAGAGGGACAUAGAAGCUUGUGACGAAGUGCACAGAAAUACCAUCAUCGUGACUUUUGGAGACAUGUCAAUUAACGUUCUAUUUUGGAGUCAAAGCCAGCUGAAUGCACUUUAUCGUAG